ACUCCCUCCGGACCAUUUCUGUUAUGAGGGGGAAACUACUGGACAGAAUGACAAGGCCAAGGAGGCUGAGAGACUGGGCACCUCCUGUGGUCUCCAAAAGUCCUUCCUAUACCCUCCACGAGGGUCUAAGCCCUGCCCUCAAAGCCCUUCUGCCUCAGCAUCCUGCCUCAGUGACUCAGACAACCUGCUUCAGGCCAUGCCGCAGAGGCUCCUGCUGACUGAAGAGGAAGCCAACCGCCUGGCUGAGGAGCUGGUGUCCGAGCAGGAGCGCAUGAAACGGAAAGCAGAGAAGAAACGACUCAAAAAGAAGGGACAAAAGGAUCGGAAGCGAAGGGAGCGUUUGGAGCAGGAUGGCGGGGAGUCCAACGUGAAUGUCUACUGGCAGGUACCAAGAGCACCAGGCAUUGCAGAUGGGGAUGAGAGCCCCCCGUCCAGCUCUGGGAACCCAGCUCAGGGACAGUGUUGCGAGGAAGAGGACUCACUGGAUCUAUCUAGUACCUUUGUGUCUCUGGCUUUGUGCAAGGUUGUGGAUUGGCCCCCCAGUGCCUGCAGAGAAAAGGGACUGAGUCAGGAGCCCCAAGGCAGGAGCUUGGGUCCCCAAGAGAAGAUGAGUUAGGAGGAAGGAAGCACUCCAAAAGAAGAGAGCUCCAGGCAGAGUCAUAAGGCAGAGAUGAGGAGGGCAUCUCUAGAACUGCUGGCAGCUGCCUUACAACAGAGCCAGGAGUGAGCAGAGUUUGGUACCAGCUUUGCCCAAAAUGGUUUCCACUACAAGGCCGUGGUCCUCUUCACCCAGGCCUCGAAGCUCAACCCCUGGGACCACCGGUUAUUUGGAAAUCACUCAUUCUGCCAUGAACGGCCGGUGUGGGCCCUGGCUGAUGCCCAGGUAGCCCUUACUUUGUAGCCUGGCUGGCCCUGGGGCCUCUUUCACCUGGGCAAAGGCUUGAUGGGACUGCAGCGUUUCGAAGAGGCAGCUGCUGUGUUCCAGGAGACUCUGAGAGGCGGAUCCUAGCCUGCCGCAGUCUGGGAGCUCCACUCCUGCCUUCUACAACUCGCUCUGCAGGACCAGCGAGGAGGAAGCCCUGGGCCGCCUCUGUCAACUGGAUUCCCCUAUGCAUUUCCCCAUGUUGAGCUGGGGCCUUCAGGUCUCCUUUCCCUCAGUUGCCCUGGAAGCACUGCUCCGAGGGCCCCUGGCCUUCUGUCUCCACCCUUGCAUUAUCCCCCACAUCACCUGAGCCCCUCCAGCUGGUCCCUCCCCCAUACUCAGAGCAGAAGACCCUGUCCUCUCCAUUUCCAGGACUCCUCAAAGGGCUGGGGCAUCCUGGGACUUGGGCCCCAGCACCUACCUCACACCAGAUGA